UGCAGCGGCUCCUCCUCCCCGCUGCCUGCUCCCACAUGUAACGCAAUCACCCUCUGUCUGUCUGUUGCAUUGUCUCAUUGGGGACGCAGUGUACAGGAGCGCAGCACCAUGGUGACUCCAGCGGACCGGGAAGCUGAUAAGUGACAUUUAGAAAAAGGGAUCGUGUCAACAGGAAAUGAAGACAUGGCUGGCUGAUGUCCCCUCGGUGCUCCGGUGGAUUCAUUAAUUCUAGUCUUGUGCCAGUCAGCAGGGCUGGAGGCAGCAUGCCACGUUAGACAUGGUCAUUAUAUUUCCCCGUUUUAUUCAAGCGGCUACUAUGUUGCACUCGCUCGUCCGGACCCGUGUUGCUCCACCUGCAGCUGCACCAUAGCCCCGCGUUCCUCUCACCCAUUGCACGGACACUGAGCGGUGGUCAGCCGUGCUCACCCCCCCGGCACCCCGACGAGGAUGGCCGGCCGCCGCGGCUGCGUGAACUCGCUCUGGUCGGGAACCGAGCGCGUCCGCAUCGGAGAGCGCCUCAAAGCGACGCUGGCCGGGGUGCUGGAGCUGGAGCUGCUCAGGUGCAAACACCUGGAGAUGGUGGACACCGCUCUGGAGGACCGAGCUGGAGCUGCCGCCAACGCUGGAGAGCAGCGGGCGGAGGAGGAGGAGGAGGAGGAGGUGGAGGGGAGCGGAGCCAUGGAGAGCGCUGCAGCCUCGGAAGCCGAGCAUGGCUCUGCGACAUCCCGCAGGCAACAGGCUCCGUCUCCCUCAGAUAUAGUGGUAUUACCCUGUCAGAGCAGCCCGGAGGACUGUGGCAGUAAUUCAGGAGAUGGACCGGUCCACUCCUCAUCUGGCAGGGGGGGCAACUCACGCUGGUCUACUCUGUCCUGGGACGCCCCCUCUGACCUGCUUUCUCCCCCAACACCAGACCCCUGUGGUGCCGUCCAUCUGGACAGUGACUCCAGACCUAGUUCAGGUUUCUACUCAGUGAGCGGGAGCUCUCUGUCAGACUCCUGCUACUCUGUGUCCAGUGACGCCGCUCAGGGAGGAUCGGCACCACCAGCUAGACCCCUGAAGCUGUGGGAGCAGCUUCCUCUGUCCUCUGACAACACUGACAUCCUGUGGUCAGAAGGUGCAGUGCAGCAGCAGCAGCAACAGCAGCAGCAGCAGCAGCAACAGCAGCAGCAACAGCAGCAGCAGCAGCAGCAGCAGCAGCAACAGCAGCAGCCGCCUGCACUGCAGAGCAGCCAGGAAGAUGCUGAAACAACAGAAGGGACGCCGGCUUUUGUGCAAAGUGACAUUGAAUCGACCGGUCUGAGCUUUCUGUCUGACCUCUGCUCCGGACUCGGAGACUCCCUGAUUUCUUCCCUACUGCCGCUUCUUGACCCCGCCCCCUCCUCUUCUUCCUCCACCCCCUCACCCCAUCCAAAUCCGCCGCUGGACCCUCGCUACUGCACAGAUUUGGUGUCCCGUCGGACCAAAGAGGUGUACUCCUACCCCAGCCCGCUGCAUGCGGUCGCCCUCCAGAGCCCCCUCUUUACCUCCCAGAACCAGGAGCGAUCAGCCUCUCCGAGUCCUGAAGGACCCCAACUAGAUGAAUCACAAGAGUCCAAUACUGAUCCAACUCUUCCUCUGCAGCCUCAGCAGCCCCCUUCCCUCGCUUCUUUCACCCAGCUGGAGCAGUACAUCUCUCGACUGGCUCGCCAGUACCACAGUCAGGUAACCUCCUCCACCUUCAGUCUCUCUUCAGCUGGCACCCCCGGUCAAGUCAGGCACAGAGGCCUUUGUACGCCAGGCAAAAGUCACGGUUCCACCCAGUCCCUUUCUGCCUUUGAGAGCCGCAGCACACCCUCCACCCUGCCAGGGGGCAGCAUCACUCCCUGUAAGUCCCUGCUGGGAAACUCUGCCAGAAUCAGCCUCAGCACCACUGGGAAAAAAGCCACUAGGAAUUCAAUCAACCUGGGUAACCUUCCUUCAGCAACGGGAGAGGACGUGAACAUCAAUCUGCAUCUCAACCUCAACUUGAACCUGACUCCCGGUUUGAGUUCUAGCCGGGGACAGGUGGACAAUCCCAAAAACGCCAGCUGUGGAGCUUUGAGGAGCGACGUUGUUGCUUCAGCCUCCACGGCUUCUGCUGGUUCACUCUCCGCCGCUACACCCACCCCAGCAGUUAGGGCUCGCCCUCGCAUAUCAACAUGUCCAAGCAGCCUGAGCCACCGCAGUUCCCUGGAGGUCACUUCAGGGUCUGGACACAAUCCUGCCUUUGGGUCAUCCGCCUUCUGUCGCUCAUUAGACUGGAGCAGUGGUGCUCCACCCGACACCGGACCACCAGUGUUUGGUAUAAAUUCUGGAUCGGCUCCUGGGUCUCAGCGCAGCAGCUUGAUCCAAGAGUCCAGCUCCAGUCCCAAGCUGAGCGAAGACUCCCCCAUGGUGGGGGAGAUCUCCCGCCUCUCCGGCCUCUCUCGGUCUGUUGUGGUUGGACUGAUGGAACAAGGCGUGGAGCUGGACAUUGACUGCUUCCAAACAGAUUCUGCAGGCGAGGUGCGGAGUCACAGUAAGACUCACCUGACACCUCAGACAGAUCCGUCACAUGAUUAUACCAGACUGAGCGACCUGAAUCCCCAGAGACCAAUCCAGCUGUCUCUCAGUGUCACCCAUUCUCCACAGUCUCAGGCUAGCCUCACCCCUCCUCUCUCACACUCCAGCAGCCCCAUACACCCGUAUCAGUCCUUCCAUAUCCCCUCUCCUCACUACUCCUCCCACUGCCACUACCAGCAGAUCCCUUCCCCAUCCGACCUUCCCUCCUCCACCGCUUCCUCCCCCGCCUCCCGCCCAACCAGGGGUCGAUCCCCUCCACGGCCUCUCCAGCCGUCCCCUCUCGGUGCCACCCCGCUCACUGUUUUCCGACGGGAUGCGCCCUUCCAGUGCUCCCUGCCUCGCACCAAUACGAGGAGCUCUCCUUUGGAGCACGGCGGGAUCCAACCAAGGGGUGGAUCACUUCGCCAGAGUGCAGGGGGAAGUGGGGGUAGCGGUUGGGGGAAGAGGGCAGAGGGAGAUGGGCUUUAUAGAGGGAAGCAUGCCUCCCACAAGUUGGUCCGUGCAGCAACAGUGAGCAGCUACGCCAAGAGGGAGGACUAUAGCUCCGUUUGGGCUGAGGAGCAAGAGAGGGAUCGAUCAGGAGCCCAGACACCCAGAAAGACAGCCAACAAAUUCUGGAGGGGCUUCGAAGGACGCCUCUGGAGCAAAGAGACUGAAACUGAAAGAGAGGAGAUGGACAGAGCGGAGUAUGGCUACGGAUGGAGGAGGAACAGCAUUGGGAGCUGGAGGAGAGAGCAUCGAAGAGCGAAGGGUUCUUCCAGCAGUAGUGAAAAGAGGCCAAAAGUUGAUAACUCCCCCGUCUUCUCAAGGAAGAGGGGGAAGGAAGAUGGCGAGAGACGCAGCACCAGCCUCAGGCUUUCCAGGAGGGCUUUGUUCAGAAGUGAGUCACAAGGCUUGCUGGUGUCUCGACACCACGGCGAGGAGCCCACGAAGCGGGCACACUGGGUCUCCUCGUUAGACGUGGGGCAAGGCGGCAUGUGCCUCAGCAGAGACGACGGCGUCAGGCUGCUGAGAGCAAAGGAGGAAGACAAACGCCUGUCCUCCACUGCCAGCCUCUUUAAUCUCUCUCGCUCUCAGAGCCUCGAGGGAAGCUGCCAUUCCCUCUCCCCGCUCUCCUCUCCUUCCUUCUCUCCGUCCCCUCCUCCGCGGAUGCCCCUGCAGCGCUCUCGGUCACUGAGGGACUUGGGGAGGAGAAUGUUUGGCUCCAUGAGGUCCCUGAGUCUCAAACGGAAGCCAUCAAAGAAGUGACACUUGUACAAUAAAAAACCAUCACAGUAGAUGCAUCUUACAUGUGUGACGUUCAGAACACCAGUGAUGGUUGGUAUUAUAUUUCAUGUUAAAGGAAGUGCCACCAUGUUAAAGCUUCAAAGACUUCUGAUUGAAUAGACAAUACACUGGCCAUAAGAUAUCCGCCAGUCCUUUCAUCCACUACCACUAUGAUGGAAGUUCCUCUCAGGCACAUAAAGUCUGUAAAAAAAACUGCUAUUAAUUUUGCUCUUGGCUCACGUCAUUCAUCUUAGUAAUGUUUUUGUAAAUUUUUAAAGACAUAGACACUUUUAAUAGCCUCCCCAAAAAACUACAAAUUUCUCCAAACAGGUUUUGCAGCAUUAUCACAGUGCUUUGCAGCCAAUUGAUUUUACUGUCUUUCCUCACUGACAAUGUAUUACUGUAAACUCGCUGUAGGAUGUAGCAUGGCCUACAGGUACCCCUUUUCCACCAAUAUGGCACCAACAUGUGAACCGUUCGGAGCAUUUUUACUAGAAAUAAAUUAAUUGGGACCUGAAAAGUUGGUUCUCGGGUAGGUUUUAAU